GACAAUCGCGCCCAGCGGCCGCCGCAGCCAGAGCGGGAGCCCGAACGGCGCGGAGCGGCGCAGAGCUGGGGCUGAGCGGGGCCGGCCGAGCGGGGCCGGGCGGGAGCCAUGGGCCGCUAGGGCCGGGCCGAGCCCCGCGAUGCCGCCGCCGAGUGGCCCCAGCGUCCUCGCGCGGCUGCUGCCGCUGCUGGGGCUGCUGCUCGGCGGCGCCUCCCGGGCUCCCGGCAAGUCGCCGCCGGAGCCCCCCAGCCCACAGGAGAUCCUGAUCAAGGUGCAGGUGUAUGUGAGUGGGGAACUGGUGCCCUUGGCCCGGGCCUCAGUGGAUGUGUUUGGGAACCGGAUGCUGCUGGCCGCUGGCACCACGGACUCAGAGGGCGUGGCCACACUGCCCCUCAGCUACCGCUUGGGCACCUGGGUGCUGGUCACUGCUGCCCGCCCUGGCUUCCUCACCAACUCUGUGCCCUGGCGUGUUGACAAGCUGCCCUUGUAUGCAUCAGUCAGCCUCUACCUGCUCCCCGAGCGGCCGGCCACCCUCAUCCUCUAUGAGGACCUGGUGCACAUCCUCUUGGGCUCUCCUGGUGCCCGCUCCCAGCCCUGGGUGCAGUUCCAGCGCCGGGCUGCCCGCUUGCCUGUCAGCUCUACCUACAGCCAGCUCUGGGCCUCGCUCACACCUGCCAGCACCCAGCAGGAAAUGCGGGCUUUCCCUGCGUUCCUGGGCACAGACGCCUCCAGCUCAGGCAAUGGCUCCUGGCUGGAGCUGAUGCCUGUGGCUGCUGUGAGCGUGCACCUGCUGGCAGGUAAUGGGACAGAGGUGCCCCUCUCAGGCCCCAUUCACCUGUCCCUGCCUGUGCCCUCAGAGCCUCGUGCCCUUGCUGUGGGCACCAGCAUCCCGGCCUGGAGGUUCGACCCCAAGAGUGGGCUGUGGGUGCGCAAUGGCACUGGUGUGAUCCGGAAGGAAGGCCGGCAGCUCUACUGGACCUUCAUCUCCCCCCAGCUGGGGUACUGGGCUGCUGCCAUGGCCUCCCCCACAUCUGGGCUGGUCACCAUCACGUCUGGCAUCCAGGACAUCGGCACCUACCACACCAUCUUCCUGCUCACCAUCCUGGCAGCCCUGGCCCUACUGGUACUCAUUCUGCUGUGUCUGCUCAUCUACUACUGCAGAAGGCGCUGCCUGAAGCCGAGGCAACAGCACCGAAAGCUGCAGCUCUCCGGUCCCUCUGACGGAAACAAACGAGACCAGGCCACCUCGAUGUCUCAGCUCCACCUCAUCUGUGGGGGUCCCCUGGAGCCCGCCGCGUCGGGGGAUCCCGAGGCUCCGCCUCCAGGCCCCCUCCACUCGGCCUUCUCCAGUUCCCGCGACUUGGCCGCCUCCAGGGACGACUUCUUCCGCGCCAAGCCGCGCUCCGCCAGCCGUCCGGCCGCCGAGCCCGCAGGUGCCCGCGGGGGCGAGGGCGGCGGGCUCAAGGGCGCCCGUUCCGUCGAGGGUCCUGGAGGGCUGGAGCCAGGCCUGGAGGAGUACCGGCGGGGGCCCCCGGGGACGGCGACCUUCCUGCAGGAGCCGCCCUCGCCGCCGCCGCCGCCCUUCGAGCACUACCUGGGCCACAAGGGGGCGGCCGAGAGCAAGACCCCCGACUUCCUGCUGUCGCAGUCGGUGGACCAGCUGGCGCGGCCGCCCUCGCUCAGCCAGGCUGGCCAGCUCAUCUUCUGCGGCUCCAUCGACCACCUUAAGGACAGCGUCUAUCGCAACGUCAUGCCCACCCUGGUGAUUCCCGCGCACUACGUGCGCCUCGGCGGCGAGGCGGGCGCAACAGGUGCGGGCGACGAGCCGGCCCCGCCCGAGGGCGCGGCCCCCGGCCCGGCGCGCCCUUUUCCCCAGCCAGACCCCCAGCGCCCGCUGAUGCCGGGCCACCCGAGCGCGGGGGGCGAGGGCGGCGGGGGUGGCGGCGGCGAGGGCUGGGGGGGUGGGCGCUCGGCACCAGUCAGCGGCUCGGUCACCAUCCCGGUGCUGUUCAACGAGUCGACCAUGGCGCAGCUCAACGGGGAGCUGCAGGCGCUGACCGAGAAGAAGCUGCUCGAACUGGGCGUGAAGCCUCACCCGCGCGCCUGGUUCGUGUCGCUCGACGGGCGCUCCAACUCGCAAGUGCGCCAUUCUUACAUCGACCUGCAGGCGGGCGGCGGCGGCCGAAGCACGGAUGCCAGUCUGGACUCGGGCGUCGAUGUGCACGAGGCACGGCCGGCGCGCCGCCGGCCCCUGCGGGAGGAGCGGGAGCGCGCCGCGGCCACAGCCCCGCCGCCGCCCCCGCCGCCCGCGCCCCCGCGCCUGGCUCUCAGCGAGGACACGGAGCCGAGCAGCAGCGAGAGCCGCACGGGCCUCUGCUCCCCAGAGGACAACUCGCUGACACCGCUGCUGGACGAGGUGGCGGCGCCCGAGGGCCGGGCGGCUACGGUACCCCGGGGGCGGGGCCGCAGCCGCGGGGACAGUUCCCGCAGCAGCGCCAGCGAGUUGCGGCGCGACUCGCUCACCAGCCCGGAGGACGAGCUGGGGGCGGAGGUGGGCGACGAAGCGGGCGACAAGAAGAGCCCCUGGCAGCGGCGGGAGGAGCGGCCGCUCAUGGUGUUCAACGUCAAGUAGCCCCCGAGCCCGGCCUGGAGCCGCCUCCGGGCCGGGCCCCGCCCGCUCCACCUGGGCCCGCCCCCAGGGUGCGCGCCCCGGGGCUGUGCGGGGGUCCUCGCCCUUAGUCCCCCAGCCCCGGCCUGGAAAGACGCCCGGGGUGGGGCGGGGGGCUGCGGAGCUGUCCGGUGGUAUGUGCUGGUUCAUGUCUUGGGAGGGACCCCAGGUCUGCCUCCGAGAGGGAGGUGGGGGGGGGAGUCCAGAUGCCCUUUGGGAGGUGCUGGGGAGGCGGGCUGGGUGGGGGGAAGCAGUGCCUGUAUAAAGUGGCUGUACAUAGAAAGCUCUAUCGUGGGAAAGCAGGAGGGGCAACCGGGCCUCAGCGGCCAAUGUGAGGGCUGGGAAGGGAGGGGGCAUUCUAGCGGUCCCCUGGGAGGGGAAGGGGUGCUGCUGGCUGACAAACCCACCCCUGGGCUAAGAGGUCCCAGGACUGGAGGCUGGGGCGGCUCUGGGAACUAGGGGAUAAUGGGAUGGGUUCGCUGUGGGCAACAGCAAAUAUAAAACUGGUGAGAUUAA